CUGAAGUUUCAGCCAGCUGAAUAUGGAAAGGCUGCCGUCUCCAGCUAUCUGGUAGAGUACAAAGUUGCCGAUGAAGAAAAAUGGAAGUUGGUGAGGACAGAGGACACGAGGGAGAUGUUCCUGCUGAAAGAUCUGCCUCCAAACACUGAGUACCAGUUCCAGUACGCUGCUUGUUCCAAGCUGGGCCUUAGUAAAUCCAGUGACUUGACCCCACCCAUCAAGACCCUUCCCACCAGCCCCCCUGAGAAAUUAAGAAUGGUCACGGCGGCACCUUCUGUCAUCUCUGUGGCCUGGAUGAGCCCCAGCAUCGUUGCCUCCGGAGUUGUGGUCAAGGAGUACAAGGUGGAGUAUAGAACGGUGGAGGCUGGAGCUGGGAAGGACCAAUGGACUGAAAAAAAGACGGGGAGAAAAACAGGAUUUUAUCCCGUUGAAGGUCUGAAGCCCCAGACGGCCUACAGAAUAAGAGUGUUGGCCGUGUGUGAGAAUGGUGCUCUGGGUGUCCCCAGUGAGGAACUGGAGGUCUCCACAUCACUGGAGGAAGAAGAUGGAGGAAAGAUAGCCCACCGGUUCCUUCAGAAAGGCUACCUGGUGGAGGACAGGCAGCCAUUAGUCUUCACCCUUCCUCUGGAGAAGGUCCCCUCAGAUGCCUCCAAUUCCUGUCUCACAUACCAGCUUGGAAAGGAGAACCCAGAAGUGCCCAACAAAGUCAUCCUGGUGAUGGGGGCCACAGGAUGUGGGAAAACCACUCUGAUCAACGGGAUGAUCCAUUAUAUCCUGGGGGUCCAGUGGGAAGAUGAUAUUAGAUUCAAACUCAUUCAUGAAACCGCUCCACUUCUGGGAAGCAGGACAUCGGAAGUCACAACCUACAUGGUGAACUAUGAAAGAGGUUUGCAAUGUCCUUAUUCUCUCACCAUCAUUGACAUGCCAGGGUUUGAAGGCACGAGAGACUCAGAGCAAGACAAACAGGUGCAGGAGCAGCUCCUGGAGUUUUUCUCCACCCUGGGGAGCCUUGACCACGUGGAUGCCAUCUGCGUGGUGGCCCAGGCCUUCCUUCCCCAUUCAGCUGACAUCCAGAAACGCAUCUUGGAUUCCAUGCUCUCCGUGUUGGGAAAAGACCUGAAGGAUAACGUCCGACUCCUGAUCACCUUUGCGGAUGCGGGGACCCCACCUGUCCUGGAGGCCCUCGCGGAGGUUAAAUGGCCACUUGCUCAGGAUGAGUCAGGGACCCCUCUUCACUUCAGAUUCAACCAUUCAGCUCUCUGUCUUCCACGAGAAGACGGAGGAAGGCGUCAUGCUGCAGCCGAAAUGUCCUGGAAAAUGAGCGCCGAGAGCAUGAAGGAUUUCUUCGAUUCAUUCAAGAGGCUAGAAACCAAAAGUUUAACCUUGACCCUGGAGGUCCUCAAGGAACAUCAGAAACAAGAAGUUGCUCUUAGACAACCAGCCCCUCCUAAGGUUGAGCCAGUCCAGCCAAAUCAUUUCCAGAUUACUAUUAAUCCGGGGACUGAUGGGACAGCUUCGGUCUCCGGGUACGAGGUGGAAUAUCAGAUUGCAGAAGGGAACUGGAAAGGUCUCCGUAUAGAAAGUCCUCAGUAUCGAUUCACCCUUCCAGAGGACCAUCUCAAUCUUCGGUACCAAUUCCGAUAUGCUGCUGUGACUCCACAAGGGCUCAGUCCAUGGAGUGAGGAGACCACCUGCAUCUGUCCUAGGUUGAAGCCUGUAGAG